AUGCAGCAACCUACUGGGUUCGUUGUGAAAGGCCAGGAGCACAAAGUUUGUAAACUUAUGACCAUUAAACAAUGGUUAUCAUCUCAUUUUGAGAUGAAAGAUAUGGGAGAAGCUGAAUACAUACGUGGUGUUAAGAUACACCGAGACCGAUCAAGGAAACUACUAGCUCUUUCUCAAGAGUCUUACAUUCGUACUAUCCUUGAAAGGUUUAAGAUGCUUGAUUGUAACCCCAUUGACACUCCAAUCGCAAAAGGUGAAGGCCUAAGCCUGAAUAUGUGCCCUAAGACCGAUGAUGAGAAAAGAGAGAUGAAAGGAGUCCCAUACUCAAGCGCUAUAGGCAGCUUGAUGUAUGCUAUGAUGUGCACUCGGCCGGAUCUCUAA